CCUUGUUGAGAGCAAUUCAAGUGAUUACUCCUCCUCAGACUGAUUUCUAUGAAUAAUUUAAAGAGGCUAAUUAGGUAAAAUUAUCCAAUAAUCCAAAUGAAAAAAGGUUAAAAGAAAGCGAUAUAUGUCUUUCCUACCAUGUUCCUUAGAUUUAUCCUCCGGGUUUGGAACCACUGCUCAGCACCGUGUGCUGUAACAACAGGGUCUCACAAGUGUCUGUUAUGACAAACUGAUCUUUAUUUAAUGGUUUUGAAGGAUUUCACGCUACAUUUUUCUACCAGACCUGAAAAAAAGUCUUAAAUGUUAAAUAAAAUGGAUUCUAAUUCAAUUACAAUGACAAUCACUCGCGCGCACACUCUCAGUGAACAGCACAGAGGCUGUUGCAGGGUGACAGCACAGCAGCAGCACCGGGGCAUGAGCGGGGUUGCCAGCACUUGAGUGUAAUUCCGCGUGGGAGGAGGAUGGGUGGGUUUGAGAGUAUCUAGCCUUUUUCUCUUCACACGUUCUGCUGUGCGCACAGACUGGAGUCCUCCUCUCCAUGUGAUGCGCAGCCAGUCGGUAUCCACUCACUCAGUGCGCCCCCCACCCCUCCCUCCUCUACAGCUUCAACAUUUGUGAAGUGGCUGCCUCACCCGGUCGGACCGGAGGCCGUCUGGUCUCUGAUCUGGUCUCUGGAGUCACCGGAGACUCGACGCGCUCCGUCAGGGCCAGGCUGUGCGACUCCCGGAUCAGACCCGAGCCACCCCGAGAUCUGGCAAUGGAGAUGAUGGAGGGAGACGUAUUGGAAAAGCUAGAGGACAUGUCAUCGGUGUACGACUUCGACCCGAUCACCGGCAACAUCCCCGCCACCAAAGUAGAAAUCACCGUCUCCUGCAGAAACCUGCUGGAUAAAGACACAUUCUCCAAGUCAGAUCCAUUGUGCGUGCUCUAUACGCAAGGUGUUGAAACCAAACAGUGGAGAGAGUUUGGCAGAACAGAGGUGAUAGACAACACCCUAAACCCUGACUUUGUUCGAAAGUACAUCUUGGACUACUUUUUUGAGGAGAAGCAGAACCUUCGCUUUGACUUGUACGAUGUCGACUCCAAAAGCCCAGACCUGUCCAAACAUCCCGCAGAACUCAACGACUUUUUGGGUCAGACGUUCUGUACUCUUGGGGAGAUUGUUGGAUCACCAGCCAGUAGACUGGAGAAACCUCUUGGAGGGAUCCUAGGGAAGAAAUGUGGCACUAUCGUCUUGUCUGCAGAGGAGCUGAGCAAUUGUCGAGACAGCGCUACUAUGCAGUUCUGUGCCAACAAGCUGGACAAGAAGGACUUCUUUGGCAAGUCGGACCCUUUCAUGGUCUUCUACAGAAGCAACGAGGAUGGAACGUUUACUAUCUGCCAUAAAACAGAGGUGGUGAAGAACACAUUAAAUCCAGUGUGGCAGCCUUUCACUAUCCCAGUAAGAGCACUCUGCAAUGGAGACUACGACAGAACAAUCAAGGUGGAGGUGUAUGAUUGGGACAGGGAUGGCAGCCACGACUUCAUUGGGGAUUUUACGACCAGCUACCGAGAGCUAGCUCGAGGGCAGAGCCAGUUCAAUGUGUACGAGGUGAUUAAUACCAAGAAGAAAAUGAAGAAAAAGAAAUAUGUCAACUCUGGAACAGUGACCCUGCUCUCGUUCUCAUUGGAGUCAGAAUUCACAUUCUUAGAUUACAUCAAAGGAGGGACGCAGAUCAAUUUCACUGUGGCCAUCGAUUUCACAGCAUCUAAUGGUAACCCCUCCCAGUCCACUUCGCUGCACUACAUGAACCCCUACCAGCUGAAUGCCUACGCCAUGGCCCUGAAGGCUGUUGGGGAGAUCAUUCAGGACUAUGACAGCGACAAGAUGUUCCCCGCUCUGGGCUUUGGAGCCAAACUGCCCCCUGAUGGACGGGUGUCACAUGAGUUUCCACUGAAUGGAAACAUGGAAAAUCCGUACUGCAACGGUAUUGAGGGAAUCUUAGAGGCAUACCAUCAGAGUCUGAAGACAGUGCAGCUGUACGGGCCAACUAACUUUGCUCCUGUGGUGAAUCAUGUUGCCAGGUAUGCAGCUGCAGUGCAGGACGGCUCUCAGUACUUUGUGCUCCUCAUCAUCACAGACGGCGUCAUUUCCGACAUGGCCCAGACCAAAGAGGCCAUUGUAAAUGGUGCCAAGCUUCCCAUGUCCAUCAUCAUAGUCGGAGUGGGUCAGGCUGAGUUUGAUGCUAUGGUGGAGCUGGAUGGUGAUGACAUCAGGAUCUCGUCCCGGGGGAAACUGGCAGAGAGAGACAUUGUUCAGUUUGUUCCCUUCAGAGAUUAUAUGGACCGAACAGGCAACCACGUGUUAAGCAUGGCUCGGCUUGCUAAAGACGUGCUAGCAGAGAUCCCCGACCAGUUCAUCUCUUACAUGAAGAGCCGGGGAAUCAAACCCAAUCCCGCACCACCUCCCUACACACCGCCCGAACACACACACCACCACACACUGAUCUGAAGCCCUCCUUGCUUGGCUUUUCACUGAGGACUGAUAGCAUGCAGCAGCCAUUCAGAGUCCAGUGGGAACUCUCUACCUCCUGUUUCUUGGUUCAAACAGGAGCUGAUGCACCAGGAAACGGGUGUUGAAUUUUGUGCUGUAUCCUCCUAGUGACUAUUGGAGCAGCAUUUUUUGGGGGGGGGCGGGGGUUUGUUUGUUCUGUGAUCUAUUAAUUUGGCUAAUUUCUCUUAAAGAGAGGCUGCAAACUUUCCAGGACUCGUUGGCGAAAGCCUUUUAAACGACACUGAGGCAGUGACUGUUUCUCGUCUGAUAUGACAGCAGGUUGGUUGAAAAAGGUCAUGUUGUGGUUAAAACUUGUGCCUGUCUGUGGUUGUUUCUCUAAGUGUGUCAGGACAUGUGAACUUUGACCUAAGCCUUGCUUGUCAGUCAUUGGUGUGGCCUAAUACAGUGAUAUUUUUUAGGCACCUUUUCCCUUCUGAAAUUAGUUUUUGUAUUUGGGGACUAUCUCCAUAUCUAAUGCAUCAGUUAUGAUGGAGGAAAAACUACAGGUGCGUAGUUUACAGUUUAUUAUGUUGCACAUUAAUCAGGCUUUUCAUACCAUCAGGUGUCACAUCUUCUCUUCUUUAUUAGGUAAAUGUUUAUAAGAGCAUGUUGUAUGAGAAUUUAAUUCCCCAUAUCCCAGUAUAUUUAUUCUCGAAUGUUAUUCACAGUGGCAUGGACAUUUGAUAAAUCUGUUUUGAAUAACCCUAACUUUAUCCAUUUUGAAGUGGUCACCAUUCAUUUUUAAGUGAUUGCGAAUAAAAAGCACAAGACAACCUGUCUCUAUACCAAGGACAAAAUUAUGAUGCUACCAGGUUAAUCAUAUUUAAUCAUUUUGAGUACUGCUAUUCAAUCUUUCUGAAGAAAGUACCCAAUUUAUUAAUGCAAGUCAAAUAUCUUUGUACUGCAGCUGCAGUUCAACAUUAAAAAUUGAAAAUAUGACCCAGGCAUGUUUAAGGCUGUCAUUCAGUAAGGAUACAUUCCCAUCACAAAGGAUGUUGUUGCACUAGAGGAACAUUAACCUACUAAUCAUAACCCCUGUUUCUUUUUGUUUUUAUAUUGAACAAAAAAGUGCAUUGGUUUUGUUACUCACAGUAAAUACAAAAUACAUUACCACAUAAGUAAAAGACAGAUCAUGAAACAGGCAAGAGAAAUAAAGGACACAAAAUAUAACAAGACAUGUAAUAAAUACUAUUCAUAGCUGAAGUACCAAGAGACCAGGCAACUGAUCCACAUUACUUUGUUGUAAUUUGAUUAACUGGGAAAGAAUGGUUAUUACCUAAUCUUGAGGCAUUGUGUCAAAAUAUAGUUUUCAUAACUUUCCUAUUUCAGUAGGAUAUAUAUAUAUAUAUAUAUAUAUAUAUUACAUGUACGCAUGUUACAUAAUAAUAAAAUAAAUAUUUAUUUCAUAAAAAUAUCAUUAACUAACACACAGCAGACAGAGGUGAAAGGUAGCACUCCAAUGCAGGAACACUGGUUGGUUUAUGUUGCAAACUUAUGUCGGGGAACCUGAGGGGUUCAGUGAUUAAUUGGGGCCCAUAUCUUAUUUUUGCCCCGGGGCCCAAUAGCUGGUGAAUCCGGCCCUGAUACGAUCCCAAACACGCCACCCCUGCAAACCCAGAGACUCUUAUGUCAGUGCAAAUCCGUAAGCCCCCAGCAGCCACACAUCAGCAGCCACAUAACCUCUGUUGUCAUAGACUUCACACUGAAAGUGCGAUCACAGCCAGUGUUCCUCCCUGGAGAUUUACAUUUGUUACAGCCCAGACCUUGCCGCAGUGUACUCCAAGUCUCUGGUGGGAGACAGUUCGCAAGUGGUCUCCAGAAGGUUUAUGGUCAUUACAUUCAAUACAUAAGUAAUUCUUUCAUGUGUAAACACAUUAACAAUCAGUCUAUACGACAGGGUAAAGAGGCAUCCUUUUGUGCUAAUCUUAGUUUGGCUUUCUGUAGCCUCCAACCAUCUGUGACGUCAAUUUAGUGUGAAGAAACGAAAACAAGAUGGCUUCCACGUAGCAAAUAGAAUUUUUACCGCAUCAGUAACGAAGCUUAUAAUUUAAGAUGCAUCAUUACACAAAGAUGCAACAAUAAUCCCUGACAGUCCUAUGAUGUGUUGCUUUACAAAAAUGCAGAGAUCGUACAGUAAAAAUUAAGAAAUUUAAAAGGAAUAUGAUCCAUGUAGGGAUGUUUUGAUCAGUAAACACACAGGGUACAUAAGUAGGAUCCUAACAGCCACAAGGAAAGGAGAGUUUUCAAUAAAGUACAGAAUACAAUGUAUCAUUCAACACUCAAAACAUCAGCACAUUAACUUUGUCAUUGUGAGCAUGUUAGCAUGUUGCAUUUAGCUUAAAGCAAUGCUUUGUGCAGUCUCACUGCGCCGCUAGCUGUAUCUUGUUUGUAUCUUUUUUAGCAUUACAUGGACAUAAACUGCUUCUAAAUCUUACUUCUUUUUCCAUCUUUGUCACUCUUUCAACAUAGCCAUUGUUUUUCUCUUAGUAUGAUUAUUAGUUUCACUUUUUGUUUACUACCUUGCAAAAACAAUGCUACAUUGAGUAUAAUAGACUGUAAAAGGUGUCCUUUCGUUUUAAACUGACGAAGAGAGACAGAAGCAGAAUUAUUCUGAACUGAAAAGGUUCUAAUCAAAUGUCUAAUGUAGCAAACUAAAUGCCUUAAUAAUGUGAAAGGCAGUCACUCCGUCUCAGCUAUGCCUGUAUUUAAAAGCAGUUCAGAUGGAUAAGUAUGGCUCUUCAGUGGAGGAGAGAAAAUUUGUUAAUGGUGUUCAAAAUGGCAAACAGCAAUUUGCCUGUAAAUAUGUGUGUAGUGUAAGAGAGGAAACAGUUAGUAGAAAAGAUAAGAGUGGACUUAUAUUUGAAUAUAAAGUGUAUGUAACAGCUGGUUUGCAAAUAGAUCCCAACAGCACUUUAUGUUUGAGAGGAGUGCUUAUUGUAUAUGUUUGAUAUAUUUUUGGGAAUAUUACUGUUUUGAAAAUAUUUAUUUAUUUUUGGAGUUUGUAUGACAAGCCAUCACUCCCGCCGUCUAGGUCAUAUGACGGUGAGUUCAUCUGCUCUUAAAGCCCUGAUUUAUUAGUAUGAUGGAUCGACUACAUGUUUUCCUGGGGUACAUCGAAGAGUGUUUUACACACAGUGCCACCUGCCAUCUGUAAAAUAGGAACCAGCCCAACCAGAUUACAUGCAUGUCAAUGCCAAACAUGGCAGUAAGCUAUGUGGACUGUUUGCUAUUUCUUCUCUCUUGUGCCUGGUUCUCCAAACAUUUCUUGUCUCACCACUGUAGCUAAUUAGCAUGUUACAGUUAACACUUUUUUAAAAUAGAUUUUUUUGUCUAAUCCCACAAUUUCUCUUUGUUGUUUAUAUCUCUUGAGUUUUCUGAUUUGCAUGACUUCCUACUUUCCUUUAAAUGGGUUUUUAUUGUACAUGAUUAUUGUCAUAUUGUGAAAUGCUUUGUAUUGGAUUGCCUUAACUGAAAAUAAAUUAAAAAAUGACUACUUUCAUAAAAGUU